CAGUGAUUACACAUGCAGUGUGUCGGAUUGUACAAAAUACUCUAGAAAUUGCAUGUGACAUGUAUUUAUAGCUAGUUGAAAAUAGUUGAAAAUAGUUGUCCAUUUUUAGAAGUUUAAUUAUUCUUAUGGCACAAAGGUGUUGGACUAGCUGUGUAGCUAUAAUUAUUAUUUGAUGUGUAUUAGUACAUGGCGAGAGAUUUAGUAUAGAAAUGAGGACACUCAAAUAAGAAUUGGAUUUAACUGGAACGCUAGUGUCGCCAUGAUUUCUGCUGGGUGUGUCUUGAAACCUGGAGUCUACACAAUCACAGGACUGGGGGAUACUUUACUUGUCCAUUGACCCCCUCUCCUUCGUAGCCGUUUAACCGGUUCAGGGCUCAGGAGAAGGCCAACACGACAGUGGAGAGGUCCAGAGAAGACAUGGAGGCUGCCUAUGUUAAGAAAGCUACAGAGGACCUUCAGUCGCACACUAAGAGAUUCCAGCAUUAUUAUGACAGAUACAACAAUCAUCUACACAGUCUGGAUAUUGAAAUGAAGUUGCUUCAAGAGUCGAUUGGUGAAAUGAGAGAACUGGAAAGACUCGGACUGGCUCUCGACAAGAAAGUGGUUUGGGUCAAAGGUCAAUCUGCUGACGCUGCGAUUGGGGAAGAAUCUCCCCUCACUCCACAAAAGAAAAUCAGUGUUUUCACAACUGGAAAAGCGAAAAACUUUCUCGACGAUAUUUUCCGAUUUCUGCUGAGAGCGAGGAGAAUCCUGUCAGCCUCGUAUUGCAUUGGAUACUUUAUCCCUGAUACAGAUGAGGAGGCCCUGGGGGCACAUGAAGUAUUGCAGGCAAACUAGAGGAAGCAGUGGAGGUAGUCUCGGAUAUGGUCAAUAGACAAUACCUACAAACACCACGCUCUAAAAUGAACGAAGCCGCUGAAAACGUCGACUAUCUUUGCAGCAAAUAUCUCACCGAAAUGUCCGUGGUUGCGACAAUCGCCGAUCUGGCAGUAAAAGAAGCGGAAAAGCCUCCACCUCUGCAUGCCGCCCUGCCCACUCCAUGGGAGGACAGCCCGCCCCCUCGUAUGGGGGUGAUUCCCCUCGGCUUCGGACCAGACGUUCCUGACCAACCGGACAAAGAAACAAAGCUCUUGUUUGGCUACUUACGUGAAUCUAAGUCUGAAACCACUCCUAACAAAAAGAUAAGCAUCGCAACCUCAACCAAUUCUCCUGUAUUAAUACGCAAGCAAAGAACUCGAUCUAAAAAUACCACAAAAGUGUUUCCUAAAGAAAGCAGAUCACCACUACACCAAGCCACAGCUGCUCAGCGUACGACAAUGAGUCAUCCAAGAAGCAAGCUAUUAUCAAUAAAAUCAGAAUUACAACAGCUAAUAAAAAAUGCGGAUUAUUCCAAAAUGGCCGAUUUCCUUGGCGAUAUUUUACUGAACAUUCAUGACAUCGGAGGUCAGCCAGGCUUCUUGGAAAUGCUACCAGCCCUGAGCACUGAUCCGGCCAUGUAUCUAGUGUUCUUAGAUCUCAGUAAGGAACUUGACAAGCUGUACAAAAUACCUUUCAGUCGAGAUGGCAUGGAAAUUAAUCCCUUCAAUUCUGUUCACACUACAGAAGCCACAAUCUCUCAAAUCCUCACCUCUAUUGCCAGUGUCCAUUGCAUCUCAAGAGAUCCCACUCCUCUUAUUAAUGUUGGCAGAGCUAGUGAUGCUCUUAAAGAAAGAAUAACAACUUUUAAACAAGUUAAACCGGUAGCAGCCUUGAUAGGCACACACAAAGACAAGCUGACUGACCCCGAGAGACAAAUCAGCGAGAAAAAUGAGGCACUUAAAAAAAGUUAUCAAAAGUUCCCUGAAAUUAUUAUUUCUCCAGGAUCAGAAGAGCAGAAUAUUAAGCACAGCGAACCUCUAGACGGAUCCCGUACACAAUCAGAUUCAAAAUCUUGUUUCUUCUCAGUUGAUAACCUCAAUGGAACUGAAGUGUCUGACAUCGGACCCGUUCGUAAUUUCUUAAGUCGAAUAAUUUUGUCUCGUUUCAAAAAUGCUUCUCUUCCAAUUCGACCGAAAUGGCUUAUUUUUGGAUUGCUUCUUCGAAAACAAUUUCAAAUAGCUACAAUUGAAGAUUGCUUUGAAUUAGGAGAAAUGCUAGAAAUGCAGAAAGAAGAAGUAAAAGUGUGUCUCUGGUAUCUUCACAACUGUGUUGGUACGAUCCUCCAUUACACCAACGUACCUGGUGAUGACGGUUGGCUCAAAGGUCAUGUGAUAUGCACCCUUCAAGCUAUCUUUGAUAGCAUCAGCCAGUUUAUUCUCCUUUCUAUGCGAAUGCUUCACUCAGGAGGUCCAGUUACCGACUACGAGCAAGCCGAGUUGGUUAAGAAAGGACAGUUUUCGAUCAAAUCCAUUGAAAUGUGUUGCAGAAACGUGGAAAUGUCUGAACUUAUUCCCGCAAAGAAUCUCAUUAAGUUAUUGGAGCACGUCAAACUUCUGUCCCCGAUAUCUCAUAAGGAUGAAUCAUCAGCGGAAGGUGUUCGCAUUACCUACUUAAUGCCGGCUGUUUUGGAAUGUGCUUCACAAGAGGAGCUGGCGAACCCACCUCCACCAGACACCAACAACCCAGAACCACUCCACAUCACAUUUAGCUUUGGUUACGUACCAACAGGAGUCUUCUGUGGGCUCAUCACUCGACUAGUUUCCCAAGGCCCCCAUAAAAUCCUCGGAUUUAAGUGGAAGUUGGUGGAAGACAGUGUCAAGAGAAACUGCGUCCCUUUCUAUGUAGAUGGUGUUCACAAGGUGACUCUGCUCUCGCACGAAAAAAGCUACGAAAUUCGAGUUUCCCGUGAGGAUCCAGAAUCUUCUCUGCACGACCUUUGCGCUCAUGCACUCUCUGUCGUUUUGUAUUUCCUCAAAACUUUGUAUGAGAAUUUGAUUCCAUUAAUCGCAUUCCAGUGUCCCUGUUCCAAUCACAAAACCAAACGAGACGUCAUUAAUUUAUGUACUAUUUCCGAUGGUUCAAAAGUUCGAUUUCUUUGUAACGAUUCUAUGAAGCUCGUUAAAUUAAAACCGGAACAACGGAUCUGGCUUGGAAAGACCAAGAAGGUUGGUGAGGAAGCUGAACUAGAGGUGCUAAAGUUUGCUGAGGAUGGUUUUUUCUUCCACUGGACCAAAGAGGGCUACAGACGUCAGAUCAAGACAACUGAUGAUCGGCCCAACACUCUGAGUUUCCUGGGUGUGAGAGAGGAGGACUUUGGUCACUACCAGUGUGAGGUGAAGGAUGCAGCUGCUGGGAAAGUGCUCCUCACUCUCUACACAGCUCUGUACAAAGAAGACACAAAAGAAUUUUCUACUAAAAGGAAUGAAGAGCCAAAAAACAAUAGCACUAAAUCUAUUGUAAAGACACCAUCAUCAGAUGAGGGGUCCCUGUCAUCAGAAAGGCUCCAAUACUCAGCAGAUCCAGUCCAGAGAGUAGGAACUACAUCAGCUGGUGAAGACAGUCAAGUCCGUACUAGAAGAGGAUCACCCGCUAAUCGAGUCACUCUCCAAGGACUAAUAAAUCAUUACAAUCUGAUUGACGAGCAACUCAACAGUGAAAUCAAGAAAGCUGAUACUCCCUUUAUAGCCGAAUAUUUCGAUAAUGCGGAACUUUAUUCGAGUGCAAUGGGACUAACUACUGCUGAAGAAGCUGACGUGAAAGAAUCACGUGGAAAUCAAGUAGCCAUGAUGAAAUGCCUGCAAAUCUGGAAAGAACGUUAUCCUUCACAAGCAACUUACAGAGCUCUACUGGAUAUCGUACUGAGAUUAGGGAAAGGAGAAACAGCUGAUAAAAUAUGUCGGCAAUUGACCCAACAUCGUACACUGGACUGAUGAAGUGAUUACACAUGCAGUGUGUCGGAUUGUACAAACACUCAUUAGAACAGAUAGUGACAUGUACCUAUAUAAUUGUGUGCCACUUCAUUUAUAGUUAAAAUAGCUAUCCAUUUUUAGUACUGGAUAACCGCUGAUUUCCACUAGUCAUUAGAGACGUUGAUAUUGCGUGAUGUUUCGUUUUAGGUUACUUAAUACAUUUUUGUUACCUUAAUUUUACUAUUAUAGACGGGUACUUAUUUUAGCCUUUUCAGAUUUUUCUCUGUUUUUAGGGUACUAAUUUUGGCUGAUUUGUAGCAAAUUCAUUACCACUCAAAGAUGUACAAGUAUAUGAGUUUUAAGGU